UUUACUGUAAAGUGCUGCCGAAGCUGAGCGUGAGACAAUCAGUAAUCAUUUUCCAGCUGACCUACCAUUUCUAUGCCAUAAGGCUUGUUGCAAAUGGCGGGAGAUGUUGCCUCUUUAUCGUCCUCCUCCGGAGUGACGGAGAGGAGAGGAAUUCCGGCGGCGGUCUUCGUCGAAGAUGUUCAGAUGUAUCUGAACGAUUCCGGCCUUGAUGUCAACUCAGCUCUCGCCUUCCUUCAAGAAAGACUUCAGCAAUACAGGGUGGUUGAAAUGAAGCUUUUGGCUCAGCAGAGAGAUCUUCAGGCAAAGAUUCCUGACAUUGAGAAAUGCUUAGAUAUUGUUGGCACUUUGCAAGCUAAGAAGGCCACUGGUGAGGCUCUAAUAGCUGAUUUUGAAGUGUCAGAAGGAAUUUAUUCCCGGGCUCAUAUAGAAGAUACAAAUUCUGUAUGCCUGUGGCUAGGAGCAAAUGUCAUGCUGGAGUAUUCAUUUGAUGAGGCCACUUCUCUUCUUCAGAAGAACUUGGAGAAUGCAAAAGCUAGCUUGGAGGUUCUUGUAGCUGAUCUCCAGUUUUUGAGGGACCAAGUGACAAUUUCUCAGGUCAUGACUGCUCGCAUAUACAACUGGGAUGUGCACCAACGUAGACUCAGACAAGCUUCUAUGCCCAAAGAGUCAUGAGGAUUGAAGGAGAGCUGUUUAGCUUCAUGUAUGAUGAAAACAAAUAUUUUUCCUUACAUAGCGUUCCCAGAAUUCUUCAUUUUCCAUUUUGCCAUCUGUAUCUUUUUGGGAAUAUGUAUCCCUUUUUAGAAAAGAGAUGCUAGUCAUUUUUGUUUUACUUAAUGUGAUCGACAAGUUAUUUGUUUGUG